GUUUCAUUCCAAAUGUACUCAAAUCACUUUGAUCGACCGUGAAGUGCUUCAGAGUUCUCGAGGGCGGUUCUUAGCGAUUGCGUUAUUCGCCCGGAUUGGAUGUCUUGGGGUAGAUCCGUCGAUCACGCUCGGGUAUCACGCGUUUCUUGUGCAGGGUCAUGCACUAUGACGGUCACGUUGCCCAGUUCACUCGAGAGGCAUAUUUUUCCUUCAGCCGCUAUACGCUUGCAAGGCCUCGACGCAGUACUCGGUAUCAACUCUCUGGCGACGAGGAGCCAUUUUCCUGUCAAUCUGCACAGUUACUAGCCUUUCAGAUAUCCGACCCACGACUCUUCAUUGUACCCACCACCGCGCGAUGCCUCUCCCAUAUGAGAACCCGCGGUUCUACGACGAAGCUCGCCACGAUGACUUCGCUCCUCGCGACAAACGAAGCGGUUCUCAUAGCCGAUACCCGCAUAAUGCGCAUCAUGAUCGCUCUAGACGUGAGCCACUCCAUCUGCCUCCUGAUGUCCUUUCACUGCGGUAAAUUUACAGUCUACACAGGCGAAUCUCCUGAGCCUCGACGACGACAAACCUAUCCAGAACCUCGCCGCUACCACGGUCACGUAUCAGACGAUUUGCCUUCGUCCCAGCGACGCCACCGACACAAAGAGGAUAACGAUCGUGGACGAAGUCGCUAUGGUGACAGGUUUGACGACUCCGAAUUCUCGCGACGACAACACAGACGAGAGUACGAUGACUAUCACCGGGACCAGCGUUCUAAACCCAAGAGAGAUCGCUAUGACGGGAGACCGCCACCGGAAGAGAGACGUACGAUACACGACGACCGCCGCAGAGAUCGACCUACACAGUCAAGACGCAAGGAAAGCAAGUGGCAGAAGCAAGCAAAGGAUCUGUUUAUUGCCUACGCUGUCCCUGUGAUCAAGACUGAGGGUAAGAAAUAUGUUACGAAGCAACUGGGAAAGAUGUUUGCCGAUAAGAAGUGAUUCCAGAGUAUGGAUUACUUUGCAUAGUGACAGAGGUUCUGGUUAAUAGAUUCUCAUCUUCCGAUUUGGUAUGGUUGGCUUGUUGAUUCAUUGGUCCCGCAUUC